CAUUCAUUUUGAUUGAGCAAAAUAGUAACUUGUUUGUCGGUUUGUUUGUCGCAUUGUUUUCUGCACUGCAUUCCCUGCCUGACUUCUGGGUUGCUGAGUUCAAAUUUCAUAGUAAUGGCGCUUUCCAGAACACCUCGCAACAAGGUGACUCCUCCGCUGAAGGGCAGCUUCCCACUGGAUCAUGACGGGGAAUGCAAGGAUCGUAUGCGCGACUACAUGGAAUGCCUCAAGAAGACCAGCCAGAACAGCAGGGCGUGUCGCGAAGAAUCGCGGCAAUACCUUGCCUGCCGAAUGGAGAAGGACUUGAUGACCAAAGAGCCGCUGGACACUCUGGGGUUCAAAGACCUCAAGCCACUGCCCUCUGAAAAUCAGCCACAGAACAAGAGCUAAGUGACGCUAGACCAGUCUUCUCCGCCUUACCGCUGAUGCCUACGACGUUUGCCAGGAAGUGACGAGUCGGGCGUAGCACAGCUCGCUGUGAUUCACCACGGCACUCCAUAAGCCUAGCUGCGUAGCGCGUGUUGCAUUGGCUCCAGGGGCACUGUCACACAGAGGGAUGGAAGCUGUUGCAAUCACGCCCGUAGGGCAGAGACAGAGACACCUACUUCAUCUUCCGCGCGUUUGAUUUUUCAGACUUUCGGAAAUUCACAGAGAACAUGUGCGGUCUCCUAACUCUCCUUGCUGUCCAGUAGUUUCUGCAAGACUGCGAGCAAAGCGCUGCCGUUUCCAGGCCAAGGGGACAGCAAGCCAUGGUGGCCCUGUGUGGUUCCGUGUCACCUGUGGGCCACUUGACCCCCCGGGACUACGCAAUGUUUGGUGCCCUGCGUUGUCUUGUCUGCUCGUUUCCGCUGUGCUAACUGAUAGCACUGGGAAGCUUGGAGGGCUGUUCUAGCCUGCAGCAGGUUAAACAGUGCGUUGUCCAGAUUGUAUAUUAUGUACUUGCUGGUGUGGUGGUGCUCUGCAGACACUGGUGUCAGUGUCGCUGUCGCUCUUUGCUGUAUGAUCUACAUCCCAAUAUACCGUGCUGCUCCUUAUGCUAUCCAGAUGUGUGUGUGUGUGUGUGUGUGUGUGUGUGUGUGUGUGUGUGUGUGUGCGCGCGCGUGCGUGUGUGUGCGGACGCGCGUGUGUGUGUCUGUGUGUGUGGGACUUUGCCUCCUUGCUAUCCAGUAUCCGCUUCGUAGUUUAUAUUUUUCUUUUUUUUGGUGGUGGCUCACUUGUUUUGUCAGCUGGCUGAAGAACGCUCCGCCCGACCAUUCACCUCGUCUUAUUUAUCUGCUGGAAAUAUUGACAUAGCUAUUUUUGUAUUGCUGAGAUGCAUAUCAACAACAUGUUUA